CUUCACAAGGAUGCUGCAAAGGCAAAAUGACGCUGAAACGUGAACGCGGAAGACUCGGGAGCGCGCACGUCGGGCGGCCGUUAUUACGUCAGCGAGGCGCGCCGUCGCUCUUCCUUUCUCUCGUCCUGAAGAUGGCGGCAGGGACUCUGUACACCUACCCAGAGAACUGGCGGGCCUUCAAGGCCCAGAUCGCUGCCCAGUACAGCGGUGCUCGCCUCAAAGUGGCCAGCAACUCCCCUGCCUUCACCUUCGGCCAGACGAACCGCAGUCCUGCCUUCCUCAGCAACUUCCCUCUGGGCAAGGUACCUGCCUUCCAGGGAGACGACGGCUUCUGUCUGUUUGAGAGUAAUGCCAUUGCUCAUUACUUGAGCAAUGAUGUCCUGCGUGGUGCCACUCCUCAGGCAGCUGCCCAGGUCCUGCAGUGGGUGAGCUUCGCUGACUCUGAGAUCAUCCCUCCAGCCAGUGCGUGGGUCUUCCCCACUCUGGGAAUCAUGCAGUUCAACAAGCAGGCAACUGAGCAAGCCAAGGAGGAUGUGAAGAAGGUCCUCGCAGUGCUGAACCAACACCUGAACACCCGCACUUUCCUUGUCGGGGAGAGAGUCAGCCUCGCCGACAUCACAGUGGUUUGCUCCAUGCUGUGGCUCUACAAACAGGUUUUGGAGCCAUCUUUCCGUCAGCCUUACCCAAAUGUUACACGUUGGUUCGUCACCUGUGUAAACCAGCCUCAGUUCAAGGCUGCUCUUGGAGAAGUCAAGCUGUGCGAGAAGAUGGCCCAGUUUGAUGCCAAGAAGUUUGCAGAAAUGCAGCCCAAGAAAGAAGCUCCUGCCAAGAAAGAGAAAGGUGGAAAAGAGGCAGCCAAGCCCCAGGAGAAGAAGGAAAAGAAAAAGGAAGAAAAGAAACCUGACCCAGAAGAAGAAAUGGAUGACUGUGAUGCUGCUUUGGCUGCAGAGCCCAAAACAAAGGACCCCUUUGCGCACUUGGCAAAAAGCACAUUUGUCAUGGACGAGUUCAAGAGGAAGUAUUCCAACGAGGACACUUUGACAGUAGCACUUCCUCACUUCUGGGAGAAUUAUGACCGUGAAGGCUACUCGAUCUGGUAUAGUCAGUACAAAUACCCAGAAGAGCUCACGCAAACCUUCAAGAGCUGCAACCUUAUCACAGGUAUGUUCCAGCGCCUGGACAAACUCAGAAAGAAUGCCUUUGCCAGUGUCCUCUUGUUCGGUACCAACAAUGACAGCAGCAUUUCCGGCCUCUGGGUCUUCAGAGGGCAGGAACUAGCCUUCACUCUGUCUCAAGACUGGCAGAUCGACUAUGAAUCAUACGAUUGGCGCAAGCUGGAUCCAAACAGCGAGGAGUGCAAGACCAUGGUGAAGGAGUACUUUGCCUGGGAAGGGGAAUUCAAGCACGUGGGAAAAGCCGUCAACCAAGGAAAGGUCUUCAAGUGAGAGGACACCGAUAUGUCGAACUAAAGCACUCGCUACUCCUAUUCCAGCAAUUAAAACUAUGGACUCUCAGCCACAUGUGCUUACUGUGCUGCAAAAAUGACUUGGAAUGAAAGUGUUUGAAGACAAGUGAUGUGUCUCGGUGGCUCCCGAAAUGGGUUUUCUGUUUUGAACUGAUAAAUAAAGGAUUUUCCUUCAAUGCCA